UCUGCUAUACGCACUCCAGAGCUUUCCUCUUUCCGACUGUUCCUGUGCUUCUAUUGUUCCCCUCUAAAAUUCCUGAAAUGGGUGUCGAGAGCUCCUUAAGUUCCCAGGUGCUUCGCCUUGUCAUUGGCAUUUUGACUAUUCUUUCUUUGGAAGACUGGGUUGCAUCGGCGAGCUUGAAAUGUGGAAAUUGCAAGCCUGGCAAGUGCAGUGACGUCAUGAUAGGUUCGCUUUUCGGGAACGACUCUGAACCAUGUUUUUUCAUGAGACACCGUUGAAACUAGAACCUUUCUGGGGUGACUCUGUCGAUUAUCAUAAUCAAUCUUUUGGGUUGAUCUCAGAGUCAGAGAGAACGGGCAAUGCUUGUUUUGCUCCACCUGAGGAGUCUCCUAGACCGCCCAGUGCAGCACCUGAUACUGAUGUUCCCGGCAUUGUUUUGCUUUCCUUCCUUAAAUCCAAUCAGGGGCCUUUAUACCUAGCAUUUCUCCGUAAUUGCCGCAGCUUCCCCAUUUCUGAUUUUCCAAAUCCUCAAUCGACUUGCCCCUCUGUUGGCGCCAACCACUCUUUUGUCGCUCUUAUAAGUGGAAAAGAAGACCAUCUUAACCAGUCAGCGUGCGACAGUCCUGUUAUUAUUGUACCUGUAAAAUUAGCCAUAGAGCAUUCCGACCCAAAAAAAAUAGAAGAACUAGCCAGAGAGGAUAGUGAGAAAAUAGAAAAUAAUGACUCCGAUGAGAAGGGGGAGCACGGGAUUAGACUGAAAUGGGAUUUAACCUCCUGGGAGCAUUGUGUCAAAUGCCAAAAAAGUGGACGCAAAUGCGGGGGACAUGAUGGACGUUUUCGAUGCAGAAAAGGAAACGAUGCCCCUUUGAAGAUUGGAUUAGGUUGCGGAUUUGGUGCCUUGGCCAGUAUUUUUCUCUGUUCAUGCAUCUAUAUGAUCCGCCACAAACAACAGCAUUGCUUCUUAAUAUUCCGCUCAAGACACGCUUCUUCCGAUUCUUCCUUAAAAGCAGAUCUUGAAGUGGGCAAUGUAUACUUCGGGGUCCCCAUUUUCACCAACGCCGAGCUUGAAGAAGCUACUAACCAUUUCGAUUCUGCCCGGGAGCUCGGAGAUGGAGGUUUUGGAAUUGUGUACUAUGGCAAACUUCGAGAUGGCCGGGAAGUAGCUGUUAAGCGUCUAUUCGAGCACAACUAUCGGCGGGUGAAGCAGUUCAUGACUGAAAUUGAAAUCCUAACUCGCUUGCACCACAAAAACCUCGUCUCUUUAUAUGGUUGCACUUCGCGGCACAGCCGUGAACUCCUGCUGGUCUAUGAGUACAUCCCGAACGGCACAGUGGCCGAUCAUCUACAUGGGGAGAGAGCGAAGCAGGACCCUCUCCAGUGGCGUACUCGUAUUAGCAUCGCAAUAGAAACGGCCACCGCAUUGGCUUACCUUCAUGCAUGUGACAUAAUCCACCGUGACGUGAAGACUAACAACAUCCUCCUCGAAAAUAACUUUUGCGUCAAAGUAGCAGAUUUCGGCCUUUCUCGGCUGUUCCCCAACAAUGUGAGCCAUGUGUCAACCGCUCCUCAGGGGACUCCGGGUUAUGUGGACCCUGACUAUCACCAGUGUUACCAGCUUACGGAGAAGAGUGAUGUCUAUAGUUUCGGGGUAGUAUUAGUGGAACUCAUAUCGUCCAUGCCGGCAGUCGAUAUAAGCCGAGACAGGCAUGAGAUUAAUUUGGCCAACUUAGCAACUAGCAAGAUACGGAACCACGAGUUCUGCAAAUUGAUUGAUCCAAAUUUGGGGUUUGAGUCGGAUCCCGAAAUCAAUAGGAUGAUCAUGGCUGUGGCCGAGCUGGCUUUCAGGUGCUUGCAACAGGACAAGGACAUGAGGCCCUCCAUGGAGACUGUCCUGGAGGAGUUGAAGGCAAUUUCGAGUGGGACACAUGAGCCGGACAAGUCGAAGGAUGUGAGCUAUGAUAACAGCGCCGGUCGAAGCAAGAACCCGCCUCCUUCGCCAGAAUGUGACAAUGUGGGGCUGUUGAAGAAUAUGAAGUCGCCGACUUCACCUGUUUCCGUGAUUCAAAAAUGGGGAAGCAGCAGUAGUUCCUCUGCACAUAGUGGUUAACUUGUAGUCUUAUCAGUUCUCUCCUGCAAAUUUCCCUUCUCCUCCAUCUUGGCUUAAAGUUUGCUUGUAUUUGGUUAAUGGUUUCAAGUUAAUAUUAUAUAGAAUGCAGAUGAUAUAGCAGGCGAUCAAGUUUUCCAUUUUGGUCUUCAUUUUUCAGCUUGAACAUGUAAGCACUUCUGUUGAGGCUGCAGGAGGAUUUGAUGUAAAUACUACAUAGUAAGGAGCACUUUCCUAGAGUAUGAAUAAAG